AUGAGUGUUUUACCACCUGAUGUAAAUGGUGCUUUAACACAUUUACUCGAAAAUUUAUUAUCAACCACGACAACAUCAAGAAUAAAUGCUGAAAAAUCUUUAGAUCAAGAAUGGUCAAGUAAACAAAAUGUCGAGAUGUUAUUGGUUUUCUUGGCUGAACAAGCUUGUUCUGGAUCAAAUGAUACUAUAAAAGCAUUUUCAGCUGUUUUGUUCAGAAGAAUAGCUAUAAAGUCACCAAAAGAAUUAUCAAGUGUCACUGAUAGAACUAUUGGAGUUAUUAGUGAACCUGCAAAACAACAAAUUAGAACUAUUCUAUUAAAUGGAUUUUCAUCACAACAAUCAAACCCAGUAAGACAUAAAUUAGCAGAUGCCAUAUCUGAAGUUAGUAAAGAAGAUUGUUCUCCACAAGGUUCAUGGAAUGAGUUAAUACCAGCAUUAUUUCAAGCAUCAAAAAACCCAGAUUCAAGUUUUAGAGAAUCUGCUUUUAGAGUGUUUACGUCAUCACCAGAAUUAAUAGAUCAAUCAUAUAUUAAUGAUGUUUUGCCAAUAUAUAAUUCAGGUUUCGAAGAUGAAAAUGAUGAAGUUCGUAUUGCUGCAUGUACUGCAUUUGUUGCAUUUUUCAAAGGAUUACCAAAGAAAGUUUGGCCAACAUUAUCACCAUUAUUACCAUACCUCCUCAACUCAUUACCAAGAUUUUUACAAAAUGGUCAAGAUUCUGCUUUAGCUUCAGUGUUGGAAUCCUUAAUUGAACUAGUCGAAUUAGCUCCAAAAAUGUUUAAAGAAAUGUUUCCAACUAUCAUUGAAUUUUGUGCAGCUGUUUGUAAGAACAAUGAGUUAGAAUCAACAACAAGAAUGGCUUCAUUGGAAUUAUUAACUACUUUCGCUGAAGUUUCACCGGCAAUGUGUAAAAGAACACCAACCUAUACAGAAGAGAUUAUUUUAAUUAAUCUAUCAAUGCUCACUGAAGUAUGUCCAGAUGAUGAUGACGCAGCUGAAUGGAAUAAUAACGACGAUACCGAAGAAGAUGAUGAAGAACCAGAAUAUGACGCAGCAAGACAAUCUUUGGAUAGAGUAAGUUUACGUUUAAAUGGUCAAUCAAUGGCUGGUCCUUUGUUUCAAUAUUUACCAGGUAUGACCCAAUCAAAUAAUUGGAGAGAACGUCAAGCAGCAUUAAUGGCAUUAUCUUCAGCAGCCGAAGGAUGUUCAGAUGUAUUAAUGAAUGAAAUACCAAGAAUUUUGGAUAUGGUUUUACCAACAUUAAAUGAUGAUCAUUCAAGAGUUCAAUAUGCAUGCUGUAAUGCAUUGGGACAAAUGUCAACUGAUUUUGCUGAUGUUAUACAAAGAACUUCUGGUGACAGAAUUUUACCUGCAUUAAUUUCAAAAUUAACCAACAAAUCGGUACCAAGAGUUCAAGCUCAUGCAGCAGCAGCUUUAGUUAAUUUUUCAGAAGCAGCUUCCAAGGAAAUAUUAGAACCAUAUUUGGAUGAUUUAUUAAAUAAUUUAUUAGUGUUAUUACAAUCACCAAAAAGAUACGUUCAAGAACAAGUUUUAACUACAAUUGCAAUAAUAGCUGAUGCAGCAGAAAAAACAUUUGUCAAAUACUAUGACACAUUAAUGCCAUUAUUAACAGAUGUUUUAAGAACAGAUAUGGGAGAUGAAAACAGAUUACUAAAAGCCAAAUGUAUUGAAUGUUCAACACUUAUAGCUUUGGCGGUGGGUAAAGAAAAAUUCGAACCUCAUAGUCACGAUUUAAUACAAUUAUUCGGUCAUAUUCAACAAACAGCUACUGGUGAUGAUGAUCCAGUAAAACAAUACCUUGAACAAGCAUGGGGAAGACUUUGUAGAAUAUUGGGCAAAGACUUUUUACCUUAUUUACCAUCAGUUUUACCACCUUUAAUGGUUACAGCAAAAGCAUCUCAAGAUAUUUCAUUAUUAGAAGAAGAUGAAGCUGAAGAAUAUAAUAACAACGAUGAAUGGGAUGUCAUAAAUUUAUCAGGUAAAUGGAUUGCUGUUCAUACCGCCGCUUUAGAUGAUAAAGUCACUGCGAUGGAUUUAUUAAGAACUUAUGCUAUACAACUAAAAGAAGACUUUUUGCCAUGGGUUAAAGAAAUUGCUGAAGAUAUUGCAUUACCAGGAUUAGAUUUUUAUUUACAUGAUGGAGUACGUGGAUCUGCUGCAUUAACAUUAGCUUCAUUAUUGAGAUGUCUUGUAGCUGCUACAGGAAAUAAUUCACAAGAAACUUUAUUACUUUGGUCCAAAAUAUGUGAUAAACUUUCAGAAGUUUUGAGAUCAGAACCAGUAACUGAAUUAUUAGUUGCUUAUUAUACUGCAUUAACUGAAUCAAUAGGUGCAUUAGCACCAAAUUCAAUUUCGUCAUCACAAUUACAAGCACUUGCAAAAUCAAUAAAUGCAAACUUAGUAGAAAUUUAUGAAAGAAUAAAAGCUCGUGACAAUGAAGAUGAUGAAUAUACAGAAGAUGUCGAAGAAGAUGAAGAAGAAUAUACGGACGAAGAGUUAUUAGAUGAAAUUAAUAAAGCCAUAUCGUCAAUUUUCAAAAACGCAAAACAAUUAGCAUUAGAAAAUUUCCAAGUCAUUGUACCAACGAUUUCUACUUUUAUAAAUGAAGAAAAUUCAUCUUUAAAGCUUUGUGGAUUAUGUAUUGUUUGUGAUAUACUAGAACAUGGAGGACCAAGUUCAGUUAUAUUUAAAGAAACAUUUGUCAAUGUAUUAGCUAAUUCAUUGGUAUCACCACAUGCUGGAGUACGUCAAGCAAGUUCAUAUGCAGUUGGAGUAGCAUCACAAUUUGGAGGAGAAGAUUAUGGAGAAUUCUGUAUAGCAUGUCUUGAGCCAAUGUUCAAAAUGGCUUCUGUACCAGAUGCAAGAGCUGAAGAAAAUAUACAUGCAACAGAAAAUUCAAUCGGUGCAAUUGCCAAGAUUUUCCAUACUUAUUCAUCACAAAUUCCAAAUUUGGAUCACCUUGUUGAACAAUGGAUUAAUUUAUUACCAGUAGUACAAGAUGAUAAUGUUGCUCCAUUUACUUAUGUUUUCCUUUGUAGUCUAAUGGAAAACAAUCAUCCAGCAGUACGAAAAAAUGUACCAAAAGUAGUUGAUUCAGUCAUUCAAGCAUUAGCUCAUGCAUCAAUUGGUGGUCAAACUGCAAGUAGAGUUGCAACAAGUACAAGACAAUUAUUAGGUUCAAUUCCUCAUGGUGAAGCUGUCUCAAUAUUACAAAAAAAUCCUGCUGAUAUUGAUAUAGUUAAGAAAUAUUUUAGUUAG